AUGAACGGAGCCUUAGAAGCAGCCAAUAAGAAUAUGAGAAGGAUAUUGAGGAAGAUGACUGAUAAUCAUAAGGGUUGGCACGAGCAGUUGCCCUAUGCCCUAUUGGGGUAUCGUACUACGGCCAGGACUUCAACAAGAGCAACGCCAUACCUGUUAGUCUAUGGAACCGAAGCAAUCAUACCCGCUGAAGUUAAGAUACCUUCCCUGAGAAUCAUUCAGCAAGAAGAAUUAGACGAUGCUGAAUGGGUUCGAGCUCGAUAUGAGCAAUUGGCAGAAUUAGACAAUGUUGAAUGGGUUCGAGCUCGAUAUGAGCAAUUGGCCUUAAUCGAUGAGAAAAGGAUGGUUGCAGUAUGCCACGGGAUGUUGUACCGGCAAAGAAUGGCAAGAGUAUUCAACAAGCGAGUCAGGACUAGACUCCUUCAGAUCGGGCAACUGGUGCUCAAAAGAAUUUUUUCACAUCAAGAGGAAUAUAAAGGGAAGUUUGCUCCCAAUCGGCAAGGGCCUUACAUAAUCCGCAAAGUACUCUCCGGAGGAGUGGUAGUAUUGGCAAAAAUGGACGGUCGAGAGUGGCCGAAGCCGAUCAACUCAGAUGCAAUCAAGCGCUACUAUGCAUGA